AGGGGGACCAAUUACAUUCCAAAGUGCCCCAAACCCUUCAUUGCUUUCUACACAUGCCUUUUAUCUUUUUGCAAUUUUGGAUUAAUUCCAAAAUAUAAUAUCACAGCUUAUAUAAAAGUUCUCUGUGCCUUGCUCAACAUAUUUUCUCAAUCAGAUUAAAAAAAAAAAUAGAGAAAAAAAGAAAAAUAUUUGGAAUGGAAAAUAGCUUAGAGCAAGCCACAAAAACAUCAAGAUUUAAGAGAAUAUGUGUGUUCUGUGGCAGCAGCCCUGGGAAGAACCCAAGUUACCAGCUUGCGGCAGUACAACUUGGAAAGCAGCUGGUUGAAAGGAAUAUAGACUUGGUUUAUGGUGGUGGAAGCAUAGGGUUGAUGGGCCUUGUCUCUCAAGCUGUUUAUGAUGGGGGCCGCCACGUGUUAGGGGUGAUUCCAACAACUCUAAUGCCUAGAGAGAUAACGGGAGAGCCCGUUGGAGAAGUGAGAGCAGUUUCUGGUAUGCAUCAGAGAAAAGCAGAGAUGGCUAGGCAAGCUGAUGCAUUCAUAGCCUUACCUGGUGGGUAUGGUACAUUGGAGGAGCUGUUAGAGGUCAUAACUUGGGCUCAGCUUGGAAUUCAUGAAAAACCGGUGGGUUUAUUGAAUGUAGAUGGAUAUUACAAUUCAUUGUUGUCUUUCAUAGACAAGGCUGUGGAUGAAGGUUUCAUUAGACCUUCUGCCCGUCACAUCAUUUUAUCUGCCCCAACUGCCCAUGAACUCAUGAACAAGCUCGAGGAUUAUGUUCCUGAACAAGAUGAGGCUGCAUUAAAGCUAAGUUGGGAGAUGGAGCAACAAUAUGGAUAUACCACAAGAUCUUCAGGCAUUGCCCGUUGA